UCGUUGCACUGUUGCUUCACCCAUUGGCUAUUCUUGAUCACGCACAAGCUGCGUUUUUCACUUGAAUGUUGACGAAUUCAUUCACUUCCUCAAAGAGAAAUCAAAAGAAACUUUCAGAAGAACUGAAUGGACUUCUAGACAAAGUAUCCAUGGUAAGAUUUCAUGGAACUAGUGGAACAGGCAAUGCACACUUGUCCAAGCUCUCCAUGGUAAUUCUGAUACGAAUUUUUCUUCAAGGUGUUAGACAAAGAUUGAAUUAUUACAUGGUCUUGGUACAUCUCCAAGGAUUUUAUUUCUUGAGUUGUUUGAAGGAGAAACUAUCAAGUUUGGAUGUGUUGCAUAGGUGAUGCUAGUUAAAAAAGAGUAAGAGACUAUGCCAAAGAGAACCAAUCCAGGUGUUCAUUAUUAUUUACAAUGUCGAGUGAAAGGGUAAAUUCCAUGAAUGAAGUCAGGACCAGGACUAGGAGGUAUGAUGUUUUUCUCUCUUUUCUGGGGGAAGACACCUGCUCCACCUUUACAGGUAAUCUCUAUAAUGCUUUGCGCCAGAAGAGAAUCAAGACCUUCUUCCUGCCUGAAAAUGAUGGCGAGCCGAUUUUAAGCUCUGUCCUCAAAGCAAUUCAAGAAUCAAGGAUUUCAAUUGUUGUUAUCUCAAAAAAUUAUGCAUCCUCCAUGUGGCACCUCGAUGAACUUGUCAACAUCAUGGAUUGUAUGAGGGUGAACAAUCAGCUGGUUUGGCCUGUCUUUUACGAUGUGAACGCCUUGCAUGUAUGGUUUCAGCGAGAUUCUGUUAAAAGAUAUCCUGAGAGUGAAAGGGUGCGGCGAUGGAGAGAAGCUUUGUUGGAAAUCAUCAACUUGACGGGAUGGUCUUACCGCAGAACUGAUGAGUAUGAAUAUAUAUUCAUCCAAAAGAUUGUGAAAUUAGCCGUCCAAUCGCUUCCUCGCUUUGAUGUUUUUCUCAGUUUUAGUGGGGAAGAUGCGCGCUACUCCUUCACGGGAUUUCUCUAUCAAGCUUUAUGCCGAGAGGGGUUCAAAACCUUUAUGGAUGAUGAGGGAUUGAAGGGUGGAAAUCAAAUUUCAAAAACUCUGCUUGAGGCAAUUGAAAAAUCAAGGCUCUCGAUUGUUGUUUUCUCUGAAAACUAUGGAUAUUCCCCGUGGUGUCUUGAUGAACUCGUCAAGAUCGUUGAAUGUAUGAAGACUAAUAAUCAAUUGGUUUGGCCGAUAUUUUACAAAAUAUCACAAUCAGAUGUAAGCAAUCAAACAAAAAGUUAUGGACAUGCCAUGCUUGCACAUGAAAAUAGUUUUGGAAAGGAUUCUGAAAAAGUGCAAAAAUGGAAGUCAGCUUUGUCCGAAAUGGCCUUCUUGCAAGGAGAGCAUAUCACAGAAAAUGAGUACGAAUAUAAACUCAUCAAAAAGAUUGUAGAAAAAGCCAUUGCUGUUCAAAAUCACAUGUGAUACCAAGUCCUUGCUCGAAUGUCAACUAGAAGGAAGACUUGAGUUUCUCUUUCAUUAAAAGUGUCUUCAAAGCUUUACCUGAUGAAGCCAACAAGUUGUGAUUUUACAAGCAACUAACAUGUUAGAAAUGGAUAGCAAUUGUAAUGUUAUGUUCAGCACUAUUUUGUUGUUUUGAUCUUUUGGAUAUGUCAUGUUUAUUAGGAUAAUAACAGUUUUUAUAAUAGUGAACGCUUAAUUUCAUCUACAA